GCCAUCUGUACGCCUCUCUACUAUCAUGAACGCAUGGCGCUACCACGAUUCCUCAAGUUUAUCAUCCCGCUUGUGGUCAGAAAUGUCUUUUUGGUCACACUGUUUGUGUGUCUGGCAGGAUCGUUGUCAUUUUGCGCUUCAAAUGUAAUGAACCACUGUUUCUGUGAGCACAUGGCCUUAGUGGAGCUGGCCUGUGGAAGCACCGCCAUCAACAACCUGGCUGGUUUACUGACCAUAUUUCUCAACCCUGUGGCCGACUUUGUCUUUAUCGCAGCUUCCUAUGUGGUCAUAUUCAGCUCUGUGCUCAAGUCCAACAGGUCUGGGGUCAAAGCACUUCACACCUGCAUCACCCACAUCGUGGUCAUCACCGUCAGCCUUACCAUUGCACUUGUUGCUUUCCUGUCUUAUCGUAUCAGAAAUGGACUUCCUGCCGCCAUUCGGGUUUUCUUUAGUACCAUGUACGUGUUGUUCCCGAGCUGUUUCAACCCGAUCAUCUACGGCAUGAGAACCUCAGAGAUCCGUCAGCACAUCCUGAAGACCCUGACGUGCUGUCGCUUUGUCUGA